AUGGCCUCACUGGCAGAGCUUUCCUUACCAUCCAUCAGCAACCUGGCCAGCCUGGGGCUGGGGCCCCUGCAGGACACACAGACCAGGAGCCACAAGAUAACAGUCUUAUCUGUUCCCUCCAGUCCCAGGGCCCAGGAAUGGUCUCCUCCACAGUGGUGGCAAGUAGAUGAGGCUCAGGACUCGGAGCUCCAAGGUGCCAGUCACUGGCCCUACCAGGUGAAACAGGAACAUCGGGACCCAGGACCCUGGCUUGAGCAAGUUGAAGGGGACAGAGGGGCAGAGGGGGAUGACCCCUGCUGGGACCUGGAUUUCUUCCUCACCAACUUCCCUGGGCCAGGACCCGGACCAGGGCCAGGGCCAGGGCCAGGGCCUGAGCUCUGCCUAGCUCAUCCCUGUGGCCUGUUCCCUGAGGGCCCUGGCCUUGUAGCUGAGCUCCAGGAACCUAAAGAGCAACCCAGCUGGGGCUGCUCAGCACCUCAGCCCCUGGCCAAUGAGGCAGUGCCCUUUGGAACAAACCCCUUGCCCCCAGGCCCUAUCCCCAGUUUCAAAGCCCAGACUGGGCUACCCCCAUUCUCAGCCUCCUGCAUUAGGGAUGAAGGGGGCAGCUUCCCUCAGCCUGGGACUGGAUAUGCAGGAUCCGCAGCUCCAGUGAUGACCCCUUAUGGGUUGUUGGGGACAUACUCUGCCUUCUACCCAGCUCCUCACUACCAAGCCCGGUUCCAGCUAUAUAGAAGAGAGCCUGGACCAAGCUCCAGCCCUGGGCCAGGACAGUUGGCCUUCUUGGGUCCCCCAGCACCCCCUGAGCCAGGGGAUGAGGCCUCUAGGCCUAAGCGGAGUCGUCGACCUUGGGCCCGGAAGCGCCAGGCAGCCCAUACCUGUGGACAUCCAGGCUGUGGAAAGACUUACACCAAGAGUUCCCACCUCAAGGCCCAUCUAAGAACCCACACAGGGGAAAAGCCUUAUGCUUGCACCUGGGAAGACUGUGGCUGGAAGUUUGCUCGCUCUGACGAGCUGACCCGGCACUACCGAAAACAUACUGGACAGCGCCCUUUCCAGUGCCAGCUGUGUUCACGCGCCUUCUCCCGUUCGGACCACCUGGCCUUGCACAUGAAGCGCCACCUGUGAGGUCCAGUGGGCUAAGCCUGGCCUCCGAAAACAAGAUGGAGCCCCAGGCAGAGCCUGGGAUAAGCCACAGAGGGAGGAAACCAAACUUAA